UUUAAACUCAUCCCUUUGUCAGUUUGGAUCUCACUUUCAGUGGGUAAUCAGAGUUCAAAAUGUUCGUGCUUUGGGCGCUACGAUUUGCUUGGGUGAUUUUUGCUUGUGGAGGAACCAGCGCAGCCUCCAGAAACAACUGUUAUCGAAAAGACUGUAAUGGAACAUGGUAUGACAUCCAAGAGGCUACUUGCUGUGAAAACAAACUUUACCCUGGUGCAAGUUUCUCUUGUUGUGGAAAUGAGCCUUACAAUCCGGAAACAGCCACUUGUUGUAAAGUACAGCAUGAGCACGACAUCAUAGCCAGUGUUGACCAGGGUCUGAAUGAAAAGGUAUCCAAGUGCUGUGACCUGAAGGCGUACAACCCAGUCAAUGAAAUGUGUUGUCAGUCAACCAUCACAGCAAAACCUGGACCAAUGGCUGAAUGUUGUGGUAAAGAGGUUUUUGAUAAGGAUAAGCAGUUGUGUUGUGGUCCAACUGAUAACAGGAUAAUUUUGGUGAGGAAUUCUAGCCACCACCGGUGCUGUGGCCACAACCAGUAUGACACCAAGACUCAGUGCUGCUGUACAAAUAAGGAAAACAUUCUGGAGAUACAACCUAAAGAUUCAGACUGCUGCAUGGAGGACUCUCCAGCAGUUCUUCCAUGUGGAAAUAUAACCUUCAACAAACAUACGCAACUAUGCUGUCAGUUAAAUGUUGUUCACAAAUCUCCACAGAAGUACAAAUGUUGUGAUAAAAGGGCAUAUGAUGUGGAAAAGGAGCUGUGUUGUGGCCCAAGUAAUAACAAAAUAAUUCUAAUGAGGAAUUCCGGUAAUCACCAGUGCUGUGGUCACAACCAUUAUGACACUGACACUCAGUGUUGCUUUUUGAAUAAGGAGGGUGUUCUUGAGAUUCAACCUAAGGAUCCAUCUGGCUGUGUGAGAGAAAAGACAGUUGAGCGCCAGUCUAAGUGCACUGAACCAAAAACACAUCUCUGUGGGUCGUUAUGUUACAAUCCAAAGGAACGUCGCUGCUGUGAGAGAAAUCAAGAAUCUCACUGGUUCUGUGCCUCAGGUCAAAGGAAGACACCACCCACUGUGUACAACCCCCAUACACAAGUCUGUUGUGAUGGAUGUGUAUCAGGAAAGAAGCCUUGGAUAGAUCAAUGCUGUGGAGAGACGCCGUAUGGCUCAGCACAACGUGGAGUUCUGUGUUGUAAUAAGACCUUGUACGAGGGCAGAGACGAUGGAGAGGAAUGUUCGGAGAUAGGUAUUCCUUACAACCCGGCUAAAGGGACCAUGUGUUGUUCUCACUUUCAUGGCAGCCCAGGACAACACUGCUGUGGGACUGAAAUUUACCAGCCUGAUGUUGAGAUUUGCUGCAAUGGACACAGACAUCCCAGACUGAGAAACAUCCACUGCUGUGGGGUCAAAGCCUACAACAUUAAAGACCCACAGAUGAAGUGCUGUGCAGGAACACUGUACAAUCUGACAUCAUUAGAUGAGCAUGGGGGGGAUGCGCAGUGCUGUGGAUCCAUUCUGCAAAAGCCACAGGAGAUUUGCUGCUCAGGUGAGGACAAAGAGGUGCUUUACACUGUCAAGACAGGAUUUGGAUGCUGUGGUCACCUCUAUUACAACACCACUUUGUGGUCGUGCUGCACUGGGAGGCUUACAUUAAUCAAUGAAUCAGAACAGGAUCAGAGAAAGAUGAUUAAUGAAUACCGACAUUUCUCUGUGAAUAAUCUGAACAAAACUUCUCUUUGCAAUAAAGUGCGCAUUGGGAUUGUGGAAAGUGUGUCUCUGCAUAGCAUUGUUUUCAAGAGCAUGCUAAAAGUCCAUGGGAAGAAGGCCAAAGUCAAAGCUUUGUCUUUGCCGUACACCCUGAAAAUAGUUGAUCACUGCAGCUCCCCUAAACUGAUUCCUGGGAAGAUCUAUAUCUUUAACAACGUUAAUAUUUUCACUGAUUUCAAUCAUCAAUCUGUUCUUCAAUCACUGCAUUUCAUUUUUUCCAAGUGUUCACCUUAGACCAGUAAUCACAUUCUAGUUACAACUGUAUUCUUACUUGUGUUACAAAGGUCAUCUCCUUGAAGACAGAUUAGAAGAAGAGAAAAUCAUUAAAAGUGCCAUAUGGGCAUUUCUUUCAUUUUAGUGCAUUGAAGGACAAGAACGUGCAAGUACAAACUACUUCGAGCUUGAAAGUAACAUGCACAUUGAUCCCAGCCAAGCAGCUAGAGUCCUCAUUCUGUUUAUUUGGGACUGUAGUCUAACUAGUGUGAUGGUACACCUAAGGUCAUGUUAGAGUAAUGCAAAAAAAGAUAAGAUGAAUAAAAAUUAUUUAUUUAUAAAACUAUUUAAAAUGUAAAGUAAUUAAGGAAGUAAUAACUACUUCAAAAUCACCAAGAAAUGUCAAACUUUAAUUACUUUAGUUACAAUUAUGUCUUUACUUGUGUUACUUUUAAAAAAAACAAUGAGCAAUGUGUAAUUUCUUACUGUUUAUGGGAACCAUCCCAUCUUUAUGUAACAGUACAACAUUCAACCUUACAGACCCACACAACAAAAAAAGAAGAUAUAAACGUGAUCAUCUUUAGGUAUAGCCACAAUUACCAGCAAAGUUAGUGGAAAAACAGCUCAAAAUUUUCAAAUAGCCAGUUCAGUAGAGUUCUCUGGAAUUGACACAGUCAUCUUAAGCAGCGGUCCCCAACCUUUUUAUGCCCGACAAUAUUUUCAUGGACGGACCUUUAACACACGUGAAAAGACCCAGG